UGCUUCUCGAGAUCCCCACUUCCCUGACAGCACCUCCCAUCUCACCAAGACCCCUGGUCCCGUCGUCGACUCAACUCGGUCUCGCUCAACGCCAAAGCCGCCCGUCAUGAGCAACGAUCUUCUCACCGAAAUCCGCCAGGAGCUGUCGAGCUUCACCCCGCCGACCACUCACCUUGGCCUGAUCCGCUCCCUCACCGAGCUUCCUGAUGGUGUUUCGAUCCUGUCGACCCUCCACCCCAUCUCGAAUACCGUGCUGCUGCACCAGGCAUAUACUCCCUCCGACCUGGAAUCGCACAGAGGCAUGGCCGACACAACCGUUGCCGUCCAGACGGCCCCGUCCAUGUCUCCCUCUCGAGUCUCCUUCACCUCGAGCACAGGCAGCAUCUUUCUUGCCCUGCAGUCUGCCUGGGCCGCGUCCGAGACGGCUGAUCGAGAUGUCGCUUCCACCGACUUUGCCAAAGACCCGAGUCCCCUGAGGCUCAACCACGACCACCUUGCCCGUUUCGUCCAGCUGUAUCUGCAAGAAAUCGCCGACUAUCGAGACGCCCUCCUGACAAUCGCCUCCGAUGUCGAGUCCGAGGACGAUCUCACCGACGAGCUGCGCGCCGAAAUCGAGUCGGCCGAGAUGAUGCACUGGAUCUGGCACCUGUGCCAAGUCAUGUUCCUAAACGCCUCCCCCAACUCGCCUAUCCGAGAGCGGCUCCUCUGGUGGGUCAACGUCAAUGACCCGGCCCCAAGCCAGGCGCAGUAUGACCUGGUCCAGUCAACAUCACAGCCACUUCAUUCCCACUUUUGGCCCACCGUCCACACAUGCAUCUUGCGUGGCAAAACCCAGGAGGCAUCCGAUCUCCUGCAAGCCAUCGAUUCUGUUCGACAAAACGAAUCGCUUGCGGCUAUUCUCGACCGGCAGCUCAAGACCCUGGGCACCGCGUCCUGGGACCUGCAGUCUCGCAAGGACGCCAAGGCAUGGGAGGAGUGGAAAAUGACUUGCCAGUAUCAUAGCCGGUCCGAGGGCCCCGCUGACCCCGAUGAGAGCUUGGAGCAUCUCCGGCUCGCCUUUGGAAUCCUCGCCGGCAAUCCGGAUGAUAUUCUGGCAGCAUCCUCUUCGUGGCAGGAGGGCCUGGCCGCUCUCGUAUUCUACAGCGAUCCCAUGUGCAAGUCUCACGAGCUCCGGACCCACCUCGAGACUGUGCAAGGCGGCUAUGAAAUCGCAACGGACCCACUGGAAUCCACUCUACUGGCGUUCUUUAGUCUUGAUAUCUUCAAGGGACUCCGACUCUGCACCGCGAUCGAUGUAUGGCUGGUCAGUCAUCUGACCGAUCUCAUCAGCAAAUUUGCUGUGACGGCAAUGGAUGCCGUAUUCGAUACCGACGGCAACAUUCUCGGCGAGCUUGUGGAAGACUCGCUCACCUCUCGCCCAAAGAUGAGCAAAGUCACCGAAACAGCGUGCAGCUUCCGGGAAUGGCAUCUGGUCCAGUACGGACAGGCCAUAUUCAAGCACCCGUCGCUUUGGAGCCUGGCCUUUGAAUAUUUCAACGCCGAAUGCCCUGUCUUUGGUCAAAGUCUGAUCUCGAUACUCGUCACCCGCGUACCAAUCGACACCGACCUAAAGGCCCGCAAACUGCUUGGGUUGUGCCGUAAGUUCAACCUACCCGACGAAGAAAAGACCUUGUACCGAAUCCUCGGCACCCGAGCGAUCAAGUCAGACUCGCUCGGCGACGCUAUCACGUAUUUCAUCAAAGCCAACGAGCCUGAGAAGAUUGUCGUUCUUGCCGACAGGCUCUUUGAGGAGUUUGUCGCCAAUGGCCAGCUCUCCCAGCGCCACGACUUUGUUGUCCACAACAUCACCGCCGAGCAGCUCCACGCCACCAGCGAUCGGCUUCUGUUCCUGGCCCACUACCAGCAGUUCACAGAGUAUAUCAAGCACGGUCAACUCAAGCUCGCUGGAUCGCGACUGAUUGAGCUUCUGACCUCGGGCAUCGCUCCCAAGGAGGUGUGGGCAAAGCUUCUAGUUGAUUCGCUGCCCCUGCUCGAAUCCAAGGACACGAUCGUCUUCGACCAGGCGUCCACCAUCGAGCUCAUGCGGUGUCUCGAGCACAUCACCCUCAGCCACCGCCGCACUCAGUUCCUCAAAUUUGGGAAGGGUACGAAUGAGUCCGGCUCAGCAACCGAGGCCAGUCAGGCUGCCAGCCAGGUCGAGAAGGCUCUCGAAGUGGUGCGAUUCGGACUGGUGCGCAAUCUCGCUCGAGCGAUGACCCUCCCGGGUCGCUGAAGGAUCGCCACACAGAUUCAACCCAACUCAGUCGCGCACCACGGGGACCUGGUGCAUUCUUAACACUCAACGAUCGUGGUAGUUCUGGGAAAUGGAGGGGUGAUCCUCCACGAAAGCGCCGAGCCUGAGCCUUGCAUGUGUUGGCAUCUCCCGAUGCUUCAUGACCGAUGUGACCCGGCUGGCUUGCAUCGAUCCGCACUGCGUCCUGCGAAGGGGUGGGACGAUAUCAUCCGAGGGUGGCCUGGGCCAGCAUCCGGGUGGCAACCAUCGAGUGCACUAUUGCAACAAUAAACCGAUGCUCAGAAC